AGCAGGUUGUUAACAUUUAAAGCUUGUUUGAUUUCAGAAACAACCAUACUUUGCUAACAUUACAACGGAAUGGAAUUGGAAUUCGAAAACAAAUGAAAACCUAAGAAGGGAACAUAAAUAUUACAUUAAGGUUCGUGGAGAAGAUAGUUACUUUCUAUCAGCUAUAGCAAGGCCUGAUACAGAAUCUACUAAUCAGUUAAACAUCGUUUUAUCAGGAUUGGAUGGUACGAGAGGAUAUGGUAAAUUUGUAUGUUGUGUUUCACGAUCCGAUGGAUCUAUGCUAACAACUCCUGAUGAAUUUUAUCAUAAACAUAACCAUCAUCAGUUUCUUCCUGCAAUAACACAGUUAUUUUUACACGCCGAAUAUGAUGCCACUCAAUAUGUGUGUAAAGUUCAACAAACUGGCAAAGGAGUUAAACAUGUAAAUAUAAGUCUAACCACAACUGCCUGUAGUGAUAAUGCAGUGGAUUAUUUACCUAUUAAACAUCAAAAGCAAGCGAAGCAAGAUCUAGCUAUCUGUGCGAAAGUAGCUUAUGGACAUUUAUUAAAGCCAUCUAGAUUAAUUGAGUGGUUUGAGAUGCAGAAGAUGUUAGGUGUAGAUAAAAUACUUGUAUAUGAUUUAGCUUGUGGUGACGAUAUUAAAACAGUAUUUAGACAUUAUGUGGAUGAAGGUUUAUUAGAAGUACAACCAUAUUCUUUACCUGGAAAAAUGCCAGGAUUGGUGCAGCGGAGUUUUGUUAACCGGGUAAAACCCCAGGAUUCCCACGACGAAGCUUUGACUAUAUUAGACUGUCACCAGAGAUUGGGAGGUUACCAGUAUUUGAUGGCUGCUGACUUUGAUGAAAUUAUUAUACCAAACAAUUUUUUAACUUUAAAACAACUGCUAAAAGUAAAGUAUCAUAUUUCACAUGAAUCUAUAUUAUUGCCCCUUGUCUGUUACAGAAAGUAGGGGACGGUUAAAAUGGGUUCGUCUGCCUGUCAAAACUUUUGUAACACGAUAACUCAGUGUUUGAUUUGGGUAGUAGGUUCAAACUUGAUUUAGAUGUUCAUCAGGUGAUUGGAGUUCGAUUAUGAGCAUUUUCUACUAUAGCCAGCUUAGUUUGCUGAUGCUUUAGGAAACGCUUACUUUGAGCAUUUUCUACUAUAGUCAGCUUAGUUUGGUGAUGCUUUAGGAAACGCUUACUUUGAAUCUAAUUGAGUGGUGUGACCUGACUUCUUCUGUCAUCCAUUUUGUAUACUAUAACGUGCACGAAGACAUCAGCAAUUUCAUAAACCAGUCUGAGCUUUCCUUUGUGAACCAUGUAAUAAUAUUAACCAAAUAUUAUAUUAUAAGACAAAACUUGAAUCUAAUCAACCCACUAAAGAAGUGUACACCGCUUUUCUACAUUCAAACGCAAAGCUAGAUUCACAAGUAAAUAAGGGCAAUUUUAAAAAGUGGAAAUUCCUUUUGAGUCACUGAUCCCCCCUUGAACUGUUGAGAUUGUUAAAUUUACAAACAUCAUGGACAGGUUGUAAUGUUGAAUGUGUCUAUAAUCGCUUUCUUUUUAUGUACUUGUAUGUUAAUAUAUAUUACUGUAUUAUAUUCCGAAUUUCGGUCAAUAAACCAGUAAAAAAAUGGAAUUUCUACUAUCAUGGAUUCUCGAUAUUCAUGUUACAAGUCAUAUCCAUCAGGAAUGUUAAACGUAUGCGAUUGUAGAGAGGAAUCAUUUUAAUAACUUAACCUUCAAACAUCCCAAAAUUUAUUGCACACAGAGUGGUUAAGUCGGAAGGAGGAAGUUGGAAGUCCGAAGUCAAAAGGCCUUGCAGGGUUUCCGUAUCACUCUUAUCAGCAAUAAUCACGGGUCAAAUGGCAUUCAUUGUAACCUUAAUGUGACACGGAUUUUUAUCCCUAUUCAUUAACAAAUAUGUCGGUUGUAAACAUCCCAGAUGCAGCGGGUAAAAUACUAACUGUGCAAGAGAUAGAUGGGAGACUUUAUCCCCGCUUCGAUCCGGGUGUCCUCAGAAACGUGCCAUCACUAAAACUUAGGGAUGAUGACGUCAUACUGUGCGGGUUUCCUAAAUCAGGAACACACUGGUUGUUCGAGAUUGGUCGGUCAUUACUACAUGGAAAACUAGGCACUGAUGUAAAACCGAAAGAAAGUCUAUUUGUAGAUAUGGUUCCUGAAUCUGAACUUAAUAAAGUAGACUCACCCAGAAUACUCAACACCCACGUUAGAUUUGAUCGACUCCCGUCUGAUGUGAAGACAAAAAAUCUGAAAAUAUUAUAUGUUAGAAGAAACCCUAAAGAUUUAGUAGUGUCUUACUACAACCAUACACAUGGAGAAUUCAAGGAUUACCUCCCCUUGUUUAGUAAUGGACUUGCUUAUGGAUCCUGGUUUGAAUAUGUAUUAGAAUGGGAAAAGAUCAUAGCUAAUAAUCAAGAGUUAUCUAUUCUUGAUGUAGCAUAUGAAAAUCUUAAAGAGGAUCCUAUCCAGGAAAUUAGAAGAUUGUCAGACUUUUUAGGAGUUCAAAGAAACAAAGAUUUUAUCGAAGAAAUAAGCGAUUUUUGUAAUUUUUCCACAAUGAAAGGCAGAUUUAAGGAUAAAAUGGGUAUAAAAGAUGGACAUAAUAUAUUUUACAGAAAAGGUGAAGUGGGCGAUUGGAAGAAUUGGUUCACUGUAGCACAAAAUGAAUGGUUUGAUCAACUCUACAGGGAGAAAAUGGCUGACUCGAAAUUGAAAUUCAAAUUUACAUUAAAUGAAGAUUAAUUACUCGUGUUACUUAUUAAUUAAUUACACUUAGUGCAUUGAUAGG